UUGAUAAUAGUGACACCCAAUCAGAUUUCAGCCUCUGCCUGUCCUGAGGUGAAUAACUCCUCUCAUUGGCUAGAAAUGACUAGUUACAGGUGAAACGAAACUUAACUCUGACUAUAAGUUGCAGCACAUAGCUACAGCUCUCAAGUCACAACAGGGGACAAUUAACAGAUACGUGCAACUACACUAAAACAGAGAUGGAACGAGGAAGAGGGACUCUGAAGAUUCUGUUCCUGUUGACACUCUGUCUGCAAGCCUUCACUGGUCAAUGCCAAGAUUCAGGGCAUCCCUCUGACCUGAGGAUAGUUCUGGUGGGGAAGACUGGAUCAGGGAAGAGUGCAACAGGAAACACCAUCCUGGGGAGGGAGGGGUUUAAAGUGGACUUCUCCCCUGAGUCUGUCACUGUUCACUGUGAGAAACAGAGUGGAGUGGUGGAUGGGAGGAAGAUUGAUGUCAUCGACACCCCGGGGCUCUAUGACACAACAAUGUCUAAAGAAGAGAUGAAAAGUGAGAUAGAAAAGUCCAUCUACAUGUCAGUCCCAGGACCUCAUGUGUUCCUGCUGGUGAUCAGACUGGGGAGGUUCACAGAGGAGGAGAGGAACACUGUGAAGUGGAUCCAGGACAACUUUGGAGAAGAAGCCUCAAAGUACAUCAUCAUUCUGUUCACACAUGGAGACCAGCUGAAGAACAAACCAAUGGUGGACUUUCUGAAUAAGAGUGCGGAGCUCAGGAAACUCGUCAAGGUCUUAAAGGACAGAAAUCAUGUCUUCAAUAAUGAAAACAAUGACUACACUCAGGUCCCAGAGCUGCUGAAGAAGAUAGAUGAGAUGGUGAUGAAGAACGGAGGACAACACUACACCAAUGAGAUGUACCAGGUGGUUCAGAGGAAGAUCAAAGAAGAAGAGGAGAGGAAGAGACAGGAGAAGAAGGAGAGAGAGGAGGAGGCGAAGAAGAAACAAGAGGAGGAGAUCAGACAACAGGUAGAGAAGGCGAGAGAGGAGGAGAGGAAGAGACAGGAGGAGAAGAAGAAACAAGAGGAGGAGAUCAGACAACAGGUAGAGAAGGCGAGAGAGGAGGAGAGGAAGAGACAGGAGGAGGAGAAGAAACAAGAGGAGGAGAUCAGAAAACAGGAAGAGAAGGCGAGAGAGGAGGAGAGGAAGAGACAGGAGGAGAUCAGGAAGAAGGAAGAGGAGAGACUGAAAAGGUUAAAGGGCAUAUCAGGAAAACUUGUUGAACUGUUAGCAAUUGGUGUCACAGCUGUUGUAGCAGGACCAGCAGCUAUUGCAGUUGGAGGUGCUGUACUUGCAAAAGAGGCAACUGACUAUGUAUUUGAUUAUUUGACAACAUACUAAUUAAGCAAAUACGAGGAAGAGGUGGCAGUGUGAAGUAGCACUCUCUUCCUCAUCUUAAUGUCAAGUAGUAGCAGUAGAAUAGAUUAUUACUGUAUAAUGACAACCAUCAUUGUUUGAUUGUUCAACACUUUAUAAUAUGAUCAGUUAUUUAACAUGUUUAUUAUUAAAUGGCUCAGGGACAAUAACACAGGAGGCUGUUCAGAUAUAAUGUGUUCUCCCUCUACCCUCCCUGGUCUGUGUUGUCCCUCUACCCUCCCUCCCUGGUCUGUGUUGUCCCUCUACCCUCCCUCCCUGGUCUGUGUUGUCCCUCUACCCUCCCUCCCUGGUCUGUGUUCUCCCUCUACCCUCCCUCCCUGGUCUGUGUUCUCCCUCUAACCUCCCUCCCUGGUCUGUGUUCUCCCUCUACCCUCCCUCCCUGGUCUGUUUUCUCCCUCUACCCUCCCUCUAACAUCUCUCUACACUCCAUCCCUGGUCUGUGUUCUCCCUCUACACUUCCUCCCUGGUCUGUGUUCUCCCUCUACCCUUCCUCCCUGGUCUGUGUUCUC